AUGGACUCUGUGGGGGCAGCAGGCCCUCUGACUCACCUGAGCCUACCGGACAAUUUGGAGGCGCGGCCGCUGAGCCGAGCGGACGGGCGGAGCCUCGCGGGCAGCUGGACCAGGUCAUCCCUGGAGGGCACCUCCGUCCUGAGGGAAGGUGUGCGCAGGUGCCUGCAGCUGCAGUGCGAACAGACCGUGCGCAUCCUCCAUGCCAAGGUGGCCCAGAAAUCCUAUGGAAAUGAGAAGCGGUUCUUCUGCCCCCCGCCCUGUGUCUACCUCGCAGGUCCCGGCUGGAGGGUGAAGCCAGCGCAGGGUCAAGCGCACCAGCCCGGCGAGGCGGGGCCCACCGUGUGCGGCUACAUGGGACUGGACGGCGCGUCCGGCAGCGCCGCCGAGACGCAGAAGCUGAAUUUCGAAGAGCAGCCGGACUCCAGGGAGUUCGGCUGCGCCAAGACCCUGUACAUCUCGGACGCGGACAAGAGGAAGCACUUCAGGCUGGUGCUGCGCCUGGUGCUGCGCGGGGGCCGCGAGCUGGGCACGUUCCACAGCCGCCUCAUCAAGGUCAUCUCCAAGCCCUCGCAAAAGAAGCAGUCGCUGAAAAACACCGACCUGUGCAUCUCCUCGGGCUCCAAGGUGUCCCUCUUCAACCGCCUGCGCUCCCAGACGGUCUCCACCCGCUACCUCUCGGUGGAGGAUGGAGCCUUCGUGGCCAGCGCGAGACAGUGGGCUGCCUUCACGCUGCACCUGGCUGAUGAACACUGUUCCCAGGGGGACUUCCCGCCUCGGGAGGGCUACGUCCGCUAUGGCUCCCUGGUGCAGCUGGUCUGCACCGUCACAGGCAUCACGCUACCUCCGAUGAUCAUCAGGAAAGUGGCCAAACAGUGCGCGCUCCUCGAUGUGGACGAGCCCAUCUCCCAGCUGCACAAGUGUGCCUUCCAGUUUCCCGGGGAUCCUCCAGGAGGGGGCGGCACGUACUUAUGUCUGGCUACGGAGAAGGUGGUGCAGUUCCAGGCCUCCGCCUGCCCCAAGGAAGCUAACCGGGCGCUGCUCAACGACAGCUCUUGCUGGACCAUCAUCGGCACUGAGUCCGUGGAAUUCUCCUUCAGCACCAGCCUGGCGUGCACCCGCGAGCCGGUCACCCCGGUACCCCUCAUCAGCACCCUCGAGCUGAGCGGCGGAGGCGACGUGGCCACGCUGGAGCUCCAGGGCGAGAACUUCCACGCGGGGCUCAAGGUGUGGUUCGGGGACGUGGAGGCCGAAACCAUGUACAGAAGCCCGCGCUCCUUGGUGUGCGUGGUGCCCGACGUGGCCGCCUUCAGCAGCGACUGGCGCUGGCUGCGCGCACCCAUCACAGUGCCGGUGAGCCUCGUGCGCGCCGACGGGCUCUUCUACCCCAGCGCCUUUUCCUUCACCUACACCCCGGAGUACAGCGCGCGGCCCGGCUCCCCGGGCGCCCCCGAGCCGGCCGCCAGCGCCGACGCGCUCCUGGAGAGCAUCCACCACGAGUUCACGCGCACCAACUUCCACCUCUUCAUCCAGACCUAG